AGUCUUUCUUUUCGUUUUAUCAUUCACUAACAAAGGUAACCUUACAAUCCCCGCUAAAGGUACGCUUAAAACCCUAGAAAAUCUUACUCUAAUUUUAUUACAUAUAUUUGAAACGAAGGACGCGUUACUGUUAUUAUUGCUUGUCAAAAACAGUUAUGUGAUCGUAUUGAUAUGCAUGGUGUUUUGUCUAGAUUUUAUGUACAAGUUGAGGUGGUGGCGGUGAUGGGGAAGGGGAGACCUAGGGCAGUUGAAACAGGGCAAAAUUUGAGCGUCUCAUCCACUGGGUCAUUGAAUAUACAGUCAGGGCCGGUUUAUUACCCCAGUGAAGAGGAGUUCAGGGACCCAUUAGAGUAUAUUUAUAAGAUCAGGCCAGAGGCCGAGCCAUAUGGGAUUUGUAAGAUUGUUCCACCUAAGACUUGGAGCCCUCCAUUUGCCUUGAAUGUGGAGUCUUUUACUUUUCCUACUAAAACACAAGCGAUUCACCAGUUGCAGGCACGGCCUGCUUCUUGUGAUUCAAAGACCUUUGAGUUAGAGUAUAAUAGGUUUUUGGAAGGACAUUGUGGUAAGAAGUUGAAGAAGAGUGUGAUUUUUGAAGGGGAGGAGUUGGAUUUGUGUAAAUUGUUUAAUGCUGUGAGGAGGUAUGGGGGUUAUGAUAAGGUUGUGAAGGGGAAAAAGUGGGGGGAGGUUUUUAGGUUUGUGAGGUCCUGGGAGAAGAAGAUUUCAGAGUGUGCUAAGCAUGUUUUAUGUCAGUUGUAUAGAGAGCAUUUGUAUGAUUAUGAAACUUAUUAUAAACGGUUGAGUCAGGAGAGGGCAAAGAGUUACAAGAGAGGCAUCAGUGAGGAUGCAGAGAGUGAAAAGAAGGUUAAAAUUUAUAGCUGCAAGAGGAGAAGGAAGAAUAGUGACCAUCGGAAUGAUACGGUUUGUAAGGUCGAGGACGAAGAUCUUGAUCAGAUAUGUGAGCAAUGUAGAAGUGGGUUACACGGGGAAGUGAUGCUACUGUGUGAUAGAUGUAAUAAGGGGUGGCAAUAUUGUCUAUCACCACCUUUGAAGCAGGUUCCACCAGGUAACUGGUACUGCUUUGAGUGCCUGAAUUCUGACAAAGAUAGUUUUGGUUUUAUUCCUGGAAAACAGUUUACAUUGGAAGCUUUUAGGCGUUUGGCUGAUCGAGCCAAGAAGAAAUGGUUUGGAUCUGGAUGUGUUUCAAGGGUACAGAUAGAGAAAAAGUUUUGGGAGAUUGUGGAGGGUUUGGCAGGUGAAGUGGAAGUUAUGUAUGGAAGUGAUCUGGAUACUUCUGUUUAUGGGAGCGGUUUUCCACGUAUAAAUGACCAGAGGCCAGAAUCUGUUGAGCUUAACGCUUGGGAUGAAUACUGUAGGAGCCCAUGGAAUCUCAAUAACUUGCCCAAGUUGAAAGGUUCGAUGCUGAGGGCUGUUCAUCAUAAUAUUACUGGUGUCAUGGUUCCCUGGCUGUAUAUUGGAAUGCUAUUCUCUGCUUUCUGUUGGCAUUUUGAAGAUCAUUGCUUUUAUUCAAUGAAUUACCUUCACUGGGGAGAACCUAAAUGCUGGUACAGUGUCCCUGGCAGUGAAGCUAGUGCUUUUGAGAAGGUGAUGCGGGAUUGUCUCCCUGAUCUAUUUGAUGCGCAACCUGACUUGCUCUUUCAGCUUGUUACAAUGUUAAAUCCAUCUGUCUUGCAAGAAAAUGGUGUCCCAGUCUAUAGUGUGCUACAGGAGCCAGGAAAUUUUGUCAUUACAUUCCCUAGAUCUUAUCAUGGAGGAUUCAAUUUGGGUUUAAAUUGUGCAGAGGCUGUGAAUUUUGCUCCUGCUGAUUGGUUACCACAUGGUGGGUCUGGGGCAGAGCUGUAUCAGUUAUAUCGUAAAGCUGCAGUUUUAUCUCAUGAGGAGCUUCUUUGUGUGGUGGCCAAGCAAAGUGAUUGGGAUAGCAAGGCAUCAACUUAUUUAAAAACAGAAUUGCUCAGAAUAUAUAAAAAUGAAAGGACAUGGAGGGAGAGGCUUUGGCUAAGUGGCAUAACAAGAUCAUCUCCCAUGUCUCCUCGGAAAUCUCCUGAAUUUGUGGGUACUGAAGAGGAUCCAACAUGCAUUAUAUGUAAGCAGUAUUUGUAUCUUUCUGCUGUUGUUUGCCGCUGCAGGCCAUCUUCUUUUGUCUGCCUGGAGCAUUGGGAACACCUCUGUGAGUGUAAAUCCAGUAAACUCCGUCUUCUCUAUCGUUAUACACUGGCAGAAUUGGCAGAUUUAGUGCUUAUGGUGGAUAAGAAUGCUUCAGAGGAGACACCACAAAAUGAUAGUUUACAAAGGAAUAUUUCAUCUUCCAAGGAACUAAAUGCUUUAAAAAAGGCGAAAGGUGCCCAUCAUACUCAACUUGCAGAACAAUGGCUUUCGCACUCGUGUAAGAUUUUGCAGAGUCCUUUUGAUGGUGAUGCAUGUACUAGUCUAUUAAAGGAAGCUGAACAGUUUCUCUGGGCUGGUGCUGAGAUGGAUUCGGUCCGGGAUGCAGUAAAGAAUCUGACUGCAGCUCGGAAAUGGGCACAAGGCUUAAGAGACUGUCUUUCUAAAAUUGAAAACUGGUCUCCUGGAGGUGAAUUUGAGAAAGUGACUCUUAAAUUGGUUAACAAAUUGCUUAGUGUUGAUCCUGUUCCCUGUAAUGAGCCUGGAUAUCUCAAGUUGAAGGAUUUUGCUGAAGAGGGCAAUUUGUUGGUUCACGACAUUGAUACUGCUUUAUCAAAGUGCUCUAAGAUUGAUGACUUGGAGUUAUUGUAUUCAAGGGCUUGCAGCUCACCAAUCCAUGUAGCACAAACUGAGAAGUUAUCACAGAAAAUCUCUUUGGUAAAGGUAUGGGUGGACAAUGCAAGGAAAGCUAUCUUUGAUGAACGGCCUGCAGCAGUGGAGGUUGACAUUCUUUACAAGUUAAAAUCCGAGAUAUUGGAGCUUCAGGUCCAAGUUCAGGAAAGAGAAAUGAUUUUUGAUAUUGUAUGCCUGGCUGAAUCAUAUCAGGCCCGGUGUAGAUAUUUGUUGAGUGGUUCCAUGACUCUAAAGGAUGUUGAAGUGCUUCUUCAAGAAAUGGCAAGUUUCAGUGUUAACAUACCGGAGUUGAGAGUUCUGAAGCAAUACCAGAUUGAUACUUCUUUUUGGAUCAUAUGCUUUAAUGAUAUUAUGAUAAAUAUCAAUCAGAGAGAGGAUCAACAAAGUGUUAUUAAUGAAUUAAAUUGCCUUAUAGAAGAUGGAGAGUCUUUGAAGAUUCGAGUCGAUGAGUUGUCACUUGUGAAGAUUGAGUUGAAGAAGGCUUGUUGCAGGGAAAAGGCAAUGAAGGCACGCAAUACAAAAAUGGCUUUGGACUUUCUUCAGCAACUGUUAGCAGAUGCUGUUGUUUUGCAGAUUGAGACAGAGGAGGUAUUUCUUAGUUUGUCUAGAGAACUUGCUGGUGCCCUGCAGUGGGAAGAAAGAGCAAAGGAUACACUUGCAUGCAAAGCUCAGAUGUCUGAAUUUGAGGAUCUUAUAAGGAUGUCGAACAACAUAGUUGCUAUUAUGCCUUCAUUAGAUGAUGUCCAAACUGCAAUAUCAGAGGCUAACUUAUGGUUAAAUAAUAGCAAGCAAUUUUUAGAAUCUGAUUUUUCUGAGUCAUCCACAUCUCGUUCUUUGCUGAAACUUGAUGAUUUGAAGGAGUUGGUUUCUCAGUUGAGAUAUCAUAAGAUGACAUUUAAGCAGCAAGAUGUGCUGGAAACUAUUUUUGAAGAUAGCAAGAGAUGGCAGCGUGAUGCGUAUUCUCUUCUGCAAGAUAUGGAGUGCCUGUAUGGUGUGACCGACAUUGGGGAUGGUAGGAGCAAUGGUCUUAUUUUGAAAAUCGAACAUCUUGUUAACUUGCUUGAAUCUAUCACAAAAGCUGGUUUAUCUCUUGGACUGGAUUUUCCUGAGAUUCCAAAGCUUCAAAAUGCUUGUUCUACACUGCAUUGGUGCAAUAAAGUCCUUUCUUUCUGCUAUUUGAUGCCUUCUUAUGAGAGGUUGCUUCCUGGGUUUAGAAAAGCCUUCAAUCCACAGAUUGACCGGAACCUGAAAGAGGGAAAUGAGAUAAACAUUUUACCUGAAGAUCACUUCAGAUCAAAGCUUUCAGAAUUGAAGGACAUCGGAUUGCAGUGGACUGAUCGUGCCAACAAGGUUGCAGCUGAUUCUGGGGCACUUGGCUUAGAUGGAGUUUAUGAACUUAUCAGCCUGGGAGAGAGUUUGCCAGUUUGCUUAAGGAAGGAACUUGAGGUAUUAAGAGUCCGAAGUAUGCUUCAUUGCAUUUGCCGAAAGCCGUAUGAUGAGAAAACCAUGAUUGCUUGCAGUCAAUGUGAGGAGUGGUACCAUGUCAGAUGCGUUAAAUUAACUUUCAGACCAAAGGUUUUUAUAUGUGCAGCUUGUAUGCCUGGGAGUGAACACCUGGUGUCCUCUUUGGACUCCUCAUUGGUUCAUGAGAGAUACAUGGACGCCAAAUUUGUGGAGCCGAAAACCCCGUCUCCGCGACAUAAAAAACCAGGAAUGAGAUCGAAGAAAUCUGAGUCUCAAAGAUCGCCGACAGUUGGAAAGAAUAGUGUAUUUGUUCAUCUGAGUGGGAUUGGGAUAGAUCGUUUAAGGUGGCAAAAUCGGAAGCCUUCUAGGAGAGCAGCGAAAAAGCGUGCUGAGUUGGAUAGUCUACAAUUUUUCCAUACACUACACGGCCGAUAACCUCAUAAACGAUUGUUAGCUAUUAGCAGUUAGCAGUUAACAAACAUUGCAUUAAUUCGAUUGAUUCUUGUGGCCAAAGCCCCUCUGUACAUUUUGUCAGCCCAAUAAUCAAUUAUAUGCAUUUUUCA